AUGUUGUACAGAAUAUCCGGAUUCUACAAACGCCACACCCGAAACUUCACCAAUAUUGACUAUGGAUACUACGUUAGAAAUUUUAUCCACCAUAUAGCAUCAAAAAUAUACCCCUAUGCCAAGGUUGUGCUACCCAAUUUCCGGGCUGUUCAUUACUUUUACAUUCUCACCUUGGUCAUUUUGGGAUCAAUAUUGGUGUAUCCGGUAAAGACAUGUGCAUAUAUUGACGUUUUGUUUUUCACGGCGGGGGCCUCCACCCAAGCAGGUUUGAAUACCGUCAAUGUCAACGACCUAUCCCUAUACCAACAAAUUAUCUUGUAUUUGUUGACCACUAUGGCAACGCCAAUAUUUAUUCAUGGCUCAUUGCUUUUUGUCAGACUUUAUUACUUUGAGCGUCAUUUCGAUAACAUUAAAGAACGUUCGUUAAUGGACUAUAGAAUGCGGAAGUCUGCAACACUUGCGAGGAUGGGAUCGGCACCAACAAUGAGUUCAACAAGAUUAAACACUUUCAAUAACCAAGUAUUGGGGUUUCAAGCGCAGGAGGCGGAAAAGGGGUCGUCUUCAUCGCCCCAGUCGUCAUCGUCACAAACAAGCCAACCAGUGCUGGCGGCUUACAAUGAACAAAGCGGGAACAGUAUAGAGCACCAUAGCGAGCCUUCAGAUAGUUAUGAGGAGGAGAAUCGUGAUGGCCCUGUCAGUAUCCAGGAGAAAAUUCAUUUUGAAGAACCACAGAGACCAAGACCUCAACAUCGACACAGUCGCACCGAUUCUGGUAUCAAAUUCAGUGCUUUGCCUCAUCCCAGAAGAAGGAAAUCAAUUGAUCCUGAAGAUAUGUAUCGCUCCAUCAAUAUGUUACAAGAGCACAAGAAGAAUCAAGAGGCUAGAUCUAAGGGAAUUCAGUUUUUGAACAUCGGUUCACUGGCUCGUAGAAAAACUCGCGGCUCAAACAUCGAGGUUUCUGCUGAUCAAGAAGACGAUACUAAUUCUUUGCGUGACGAUGGAAUUACUCCCGCAACAAAUAGCAUAGGUGCCAGCAAUAACGAAGAGGAUGAAGACGAUAUUUUGAUUAUUAAGCCACCAAUAGAAAUAGAAAAUUCAGACGGGGCAAAUCCAAUAUUCACUAAAAAGAAGAAACGAACACCAGAGAUACAGCUUAAAGAAACUCCUGGAAAAGCAAAGAAAUGGAUCACCUCAAAGAAGCGCAAAAACUACAACCCCUGGACAAGCAAGUUGAAGAAAACAUUAUCAAAUUCAAGUAAAAAAGGAUCUAUAAAUGUUGCACCGACUGAUACUGAAGAUGACGGGGAAGAAGAGGAUUAUGCAUCAAUAGAUUCUGAAAACAGUGAUAUUUCAGAUGGCAAACAAGUGGCCAACCAUGCUGAAGGCAAUGAUAGUGAUAAUGUAGGGUCAUAUGAGGACGAUGAAGACAUAGAAGACGAUAGCAAUGAUGAACAUGAACAAGACGACGACGACGACGAUGAUGAAUGCGAGAGGAGUCUAGAAAAUGGUGCAUCAUUAAUUAAGGCACAAUCUAAUUUGGUAUUGCCAUCAAAAGACGAAACUGGUGGAAGGAAAUAUACCAAGAGAAGCAAUACCCUCGAUGUUCCGCAACACAACACGAGCGGUGGGCGCAAAACUCGAAACAAAGCAACAAAGCGGAAAAUUCCGAGAGCACAAAGGAAUGCGUCUUUUAAUCAACAUUCCAAUGUUUCGAUUGGCGAUGGCUCAAUAGAAAAUGUUGACACAAACGAUUCGUACCAGAGAUUAUCGCGAACAAUGAGUGGUAAUUAUCUAUCGUGGACGCCCACUGUUGGUCGAAACUCUACAUUUAUUAAGUUGACAGACGAGCAAAAAGAGGAGUUAGGAGGUAUCGAGUAUCGGGCAGUUAAGUUGUUGAUCAAAAUUAUUGCAGUCUAUUAUGUGGGAUUCAAUAUUAUCCCUGGUGUAAUGUUGCUGAUAUGGAUUUAUUGUAUGCCUCACUAUAAAAAUUUGAUGAUUAGCAACUCGAUCUCCCCUGCCUGGUGGGCGUUUUUCACACUGCAGUCGUCAUUCAACGACUUGGGCUUAACUUUAACGUCCAAUUCUAUGAUGUCUUUCAACCAGAAUGCCUUUGUACAAAUCCUCUGCUCAUUUUUGAUUGUCAUUGGGAACACGGGGUUUCCCAUAUUAUUGAGAUUCAUAAUCUGGGUCAUGUUCAAAACGGCAAGGCCAUUAUCUUUGUAUAAGGAGUCUUUAGGGUUCUUGUUAGAUCACCCACGUCGCUGUUUUACGUUGUUAUUUCCUUCUGUUCCUACUUGGUGGUUGUUUUUUAUAUUGGUAGUAUUGAAUGGGUUUGACUUGGUCAUAUUCUGCAUACUUGAUCUCCACGACGAGUCUUUCAAAGGAGUUGAUAUGGGCUAUAGGGUUUUGAAUGGUUUGUUCCAAGCAUUUUGCACUAGAACUGUGGGAUUUUCAGUAAUGGAUUUGUCGCUGUUGCAUGCGGCAACUCAGGUGAGUUACUUGAUCAUGAUGUAUAUUUCUGUUUUGCCCAUUGCUAUUUCCGUGAGACGAACCAAUGUUUAUGAGGAACAGUCUUUGGGGGUGUAUGCAAAGGAGAAUGCUGAGGGUGUCGAUGAGAACGCACCAUCAAACUAUGUUGGGUCGCAUUUGAGAAACCAAUUGUCAUAUGAUUUGUGGUAUAUUUGUCUUGGGUUGUUCAUAAUUUGUAUUGCCGAGGGUAAGAGAUUGCAAGAGCAGGACCUACGCUUUUCGAUUUUUGCAGUUCUUUUUGAAAUAGUCAGUGCUUACGGUACAGUGGGGAUGUCUAUGGGAUACCCAGGCGUGGACUGCUCUCUUAGUGGUGAAUUUAAUGUCAUUUCAAAGUUGGUGAUUAUUGCGAUGAUGAUAAGAGGAAGACAUAGAGGAUUGCCAUACACUAUCGAUCGUGCUAUCAUGCUACCUAAUGCAGCCAUGAAACGUCAUGACAGGUUACAAGAAGAGCACGCAAUUAAUAGACACAAUACUAUGGAAAGAACAACCACACUAGGUCGUGUUGCCACUUUUGGAAAUGGACCAAUCGACGGGGGCAAUAAUUUGUUAACUCGAGCAAUUACUAAUAUCGAACAGAGAUGGAGGACCAGAAGAGAUGGGCGGUCUGAGAGUCUGACUGUGAGUGAGGAUCCCCGUUAUGUAGUAAGAACUGUGAGUGAAGUAUGA